GCCGUGGGGUUUCCCGAGGCUGCGGGCAGGGGCCGCCGCGCCCAUCCCGAUGGCUGGAGGCGUCUGAGGGGCGGACGGAGGCGGCGGCGGCGGCGGCGGCGGAGCGGGCGCGGGCGCGGGAGUGGAGCGGUCGCCGCGGGACCGGACCGAGCCUCGCCGGCGCACCUGCCCGCAGCGCCCGCGGAGCGGCCCGAGCGCGACCACCUCCCGAGCGGCGGCCGAGGCGGCGGAGGCGGCGGCGCGGGCGUCAGGGGGACGAGGCGCCGAGACAAUUUUACAUGUGUUGGAGACCAGACCAGAAGCACUUCUGAAUUAAGAUCUCAGAUUCUUUGAGUGGCUUUGAAGAGCACCAAGAUCAGAAGAUGAGUGAACUUGACCAGUUACGGCAGGAGGCUGAGCAGCUUAAAAACCAAAUUAGAGAUGCCAGGAAAGCGUGUGCAGAUGCAACUCUUUCUCAGAUCACAAACAACAUCGACCCUGUGGGAAGAAUCCAGAUGCGCACCAGGAGAACGCUGAGGGGACACUUGGCCAAGAUUUAUGCCAUGCACUGGGGCACGGAUUCCAGGCUUCUAGUUAGUGCUUCACAGGAUGGUAAACUUAUCAUCUGGGAUAGCUACACCACAAACAAGGUCCAUGCCAUCCCUCUGCGCUCCUCGUGGGUCAUGACCUGUGCAUACGCCCCUUCUGGGAACUAUGUGGCCUGCGGUGGCCUGGAUAACAUCUGCUCCAUUUACAAUCUGAAAACUCGUGAAGGGAAUGUACGUGUGAGCCGUGAACUGGCCGGACAUACAGGUUACCUGUCCUGCUGCCGUUUCCUGGAUGACAAUCAGAUCGUCACCAGCUCUGGAGACACCACCUGUGCUCUGUGGGACAUCGAGACCGGCCAGCAGACGACCACGUUCACUGGACACACCGGGGAUGUUAUGAGCCUUUCUCUCGCUCCUGAUGCCAGACUGUUUGUUUCUGGUGCUUGUGAUGCUUCAGCCAAACUCUGGGAUGUGCGAGAAGGGAUGUGCCGGCAAACUUUCACCGGCCACGAAUCUGACAUCAAUGCCAUCUGUUUCUUUCCAAAUGGCAACGCAUUUGCCACUGGCUCAGAUGACGCUACCUGCAGGCUGUUUGACCUUCGUGCGGAUCAGGAGCUCAUGACUUAUUCCCAUGACAACAUCAUAUGUGGGAUAACCUCCGUGUCCUUCUCCAAGAGCGGGCGCCUCCUCCUCGCAGGGUACGACGACUUCAACUGCAACGUCUGGGACGCGCUCAAAGCCGACAGGGCUGGUGUCUUGGCUGGGCAUGACAACCGUGUCAGCUGCCUGGGGGUGACUGAUGACGGGAUGGCCGUGGCAACGGGGUCCUGGGACAGCUUCCUCAAGAUCUGGAACUAGUGCUGACAGCAGGUGGAUGCCGCGGUGACUGGAAGACCAUUCCAACCUUGAAGCGUUACAGUGAUAGCAUUUCCAAUCCCCUACUAACGUGGGCGCCCUGCACCUCCCCCCAGAACUUCAAAGGGCAAGAUCUUUCUCCUUCACUUAUGCUGAAACCAAGAGCACAACUCCCAUUAAGAGAAGAAUCUGUGCUGUAAACUCAACAGACAUGCAUUCCUUCCGGGACCAUUGUCUUUGUUUUCUUUUUUGUCUUGAAUGAAUAUAAAAGGAGAUACUAUUAUAAUAAAAAUGUUAACCAGAAGGUAAACUGGAGUGUAAUUGUGAGACAGACAGGCCUUUCGCUAGUCUAUUUGAGUUUUAGGUCAGCGAUCCUGUUUCGUGAGGUUCAUGCAACAAGUUGAGGACUUUCCCUUGUCAUUGGUUCUAAAUUUCAGGUCGUGUUGUAACAGGGUUUUGAAAACAUUUAUAUUUCCUUUUUAAAAUAUAUUCCUUUAUGUUCACUAGUGAAACAGAGAAAGAGAGUCUAGUGCAGGCUCUCUGAAAUUGUUAAUGAUGUAAAUUUAGUCCCUGGUUUUUAUUUUUUGUCCAGUGUCACACAGUUGUUGCGCACAAACAUGGCGUAGAAAGAACGAUGCUAAGAAGUGACACAGCCGAGCACGCGCUGUUGUCUUGAAUGCGUGAUGAACAGUAAACUCCAAUCAGGACCUUUUUCUUCCCCAACCCAUCCUCCACCUUCUCAAUUCAGUUUUUAAUCUCACGUUGGGUUUCCUUGUGAAGUUGGAGGGAAGUUUAUAAUAAUAGCCUAACACUACCCCGUGCCCCACCCCUAAACAUCAAGAACCUCUAUUUUCAAGAGAGGUGCCCGUCCUGUGCUUGGAUAGUCAGUCAAUUAUUUGUGUAUGAAACAAUGUACAAAUCAAUGUUUUGAAAAUAAUGAUCUCAAACUUUCUAAGUUAAAUUUUAAAAAAUUUGAUCGUUUGCCAUAUUGGGUGGGUUUACUCUUAGAAUCGCAUGCUGUAGAAAUGCUCAAAAGUGCAUAUAGGACUCAGUCCUUAGAUGUUCUUUUUCUUUUAAGAAAUAACCUCUUUGAAGUUGUAACCAUCGCGGCUCUGUCCACUUCUCUGUGCACACGCAUCGGAAGCAGCACAGUACGCAGCUCCACACGCUUGAGUGACAGGAUAGUCACUAUUUUCUUUAUUUCUCUAAAAAACAAGUCCUGUUCCAAACGAUUGCUGUUGGCGGGGGUGGCGGGGAGCAGGGACUGGAGACCCCGGCCCCUCUUUAUGCAUCUCUUGCGGCCUGUCUCUCUGCGGGGCACGCCUUUGCAUCUGAGGCAGAUCGUUUUCUAGUUCGCAGACUCCUGGUAUGUCUCGAGUCCGCUGUUCAGCAGCAGCGUUUAGACAGCAGUGUGUGGGCCUCCCCUGCACCCUGAGCACUGUCCCAGAGCAGCAGUAGGCUUCUCUCCAUCCUGUUCCUCUGCAACAUCCUGUACAAAGCUGUGCUGUGACAUGCGGAGGCCUGGGUCUGGCAGAGUUGAGUCAAGCGAAGCCCCUUCCUUGUCUUUCCAUCGCCGCCUCUGUAGAGCUCUCUGCACCCUGCCCCCUCACCUUUUGUAUUUAAUUUUAAGGUCGGUGUACUGCAAGGAAGCUGGAUGCAAGAUAGAUACUAUAUUAAACUGUGCUGUUAUUUAAGAUGUAAUAAAGCAGUUUGACAUGAGGGA